GUUAGUUUUUAAGAUGACAAAAAGAAGCAGCGAAUUUGACCAAAAAAACAAUAAGAAAUUGAAAUUAGAAAAAGAUAUCGAAGCAUUAUGGGGCGACGAUAUAGAUGGGGACGCCUUGGAAGACUGUAUAAAUUUAGCCUCACAAAUUUAUCAAGAAGAAAAAAUAACUUGCACGCAACUGAACAAUGUAACACUUCUACCUACUUAUAGUGCGUUUAAGCAGCGAAAUGUACUGUUCAGCUCAACACAGUUAUCACAGGUUAACAACAGCGUAAGACCAAGUACAAGCAAGAAUGAGUUUAUAUCGAAGAAAAUUACGUCAGGGGGAGAUUUACAAGAGAAAGUAAAUACGUUGCAGGAACAGUACAAAGAAAAAGAAGGAGAAGUUUCAGUUUUGAGGGCACAACUACAGGUUACUAAAUCGAACCUCCAGUCUGAGCAACAAAAACUACAAAAUGAAUGGAAAAACAAAUUAACUCAGUCCGAGAGGCAAGUGAAAUCUGUAAAAAGUGAAUUAGAAUUUAAGAAUCUCGAAAUCGCUAAUCUUAAACAGAAAAUGUUAGAAAUUACGAAACAUAGUAAUUUAGAUGCCAGUAUAAAUGUGACACAAACUACUGCUAAUAAUAUAAGGCAAGAGAAAACUAUUGUAAAUGAGGCUAAAGUAGAACCAACAAUUUUACAGCCUGUGUUAGAGCCAAUUUAUCCCUUAAAAAACCUCUUAUCUGAAACGAUAGUUAAUCUUCCUAAGCGAGAACAACACAUUACAGAAACUAGACUGAUGUACACUUGUAAAAAUGCCGUACCAUAUUUAAAAAAUCAGACGAUGUCAGCAAAUGUAGUCAUAGAUAAAAGUGAUAUCAACAUCGAUUGUGUCUAUCCUGACAUUCUCAAUCUAAUAAAAUGCACAGAAGAUGAAUUAGAUGAUAAGAAAAACAUCCAUCAUUUGAAUAAAAUUAUUUGCGCUUGCGAGCAAUUUUUAUAUGAUUUACAGCAAUUUCUAGAACAAAUUAAGGGCAAUUUAAGGACUGAGGAUAUAUUAGAAGCCGAUUCGAGUUUUCUAAAAAGCCAAGAUGGUGCCACAAUAAAUUCUAUAGGAGAGUGUUCCGGAAACGACGAGAUUGGAGUGAAAUCAAGUGUUUUGUUAAAUUUUCUGGCUCAUAUAGUGCCUUACAAUGAAUAUUUAAAGAAAUAUAUCUGUUUGGACAAGGCGUUGUCCUUCGAAGGGAAAGAAAUGCUCAAAAAACAAUUCCCUUACCAAGUAAUUAAACGGCAGAAUGCAGUUUCGCAUAGUUUUUUAAAUAUAAUAUUAAAUAUUGUUCAAACCGCUGGAGAAAUAAGGAAAGCCACUUUUAUGUCAAAGUUUUUGAACGCCGCCAUAAAUUUAUUGAUCUACAUUCACAAGUCCAAGUGUUUUGAUAAUGUGAGUGAUAUUUUUUUCAAAUUAAUGAAAGAAAUUAUAUUGUCAAGGCCGACGGUUGAAGUUAUAUGCCAGAUUACGUUUUUAUUUAAAACGGCAUCACAACAUUCUUCUUUUGUGGAAUUCCUGAUCAAUAAAUCCCCGAAUUCAGUCACCAGUAAGAAGGGAAUUCUCUACUUUAACGAAGAUGCAUGCCGUUUUUACAUAUUUGUCAUGCUGUUCGAUAAUACUGUAUUUGUGUUAAAAAACGAAAGUUUUCCAUUGAAAAUUUGUCUAAAUCUGUUGUGUUUUAUGUACAAUACGUUUACGAAUUGCCACUGGAUUCAUCACCGAGACGCAAAAGAGUGCGAAUGCAUACCCCAGUUAUAUAAAUUAGAAAUCGAGGUAGUGUUGAAAGCGUUAGAAAGAUAUAUCGAGGAAACCAAAAAAUUAAAGCUUAUAUCGAGUGAGUGGUCACACUUUUUCAAGCACCCUAUAACGACCAAAGUUUUAAAUCAGAUGACUUUCCAUGCCUAUGAACUGACGGAAAAAUAUAUAACUGUAUUUUCGCAAUACAAAGAAAUCGAAAAGAGCUUGCAACGGGAAGACGACCUGAUCGAACUGGACAAACUAAACAUCACCGAUGAAAUUGUUGAGAUACCCAGCGAUACUUUCACAAAAGCCUGUUUUUAAAUGUAGCUCAUAUUUCGGUAUAAAUAUGUUCUACAGUGGACGGGUACAAAUGCAAUUUUUAUUAAUAUUUAUUGUGAUCGAUAUCUGGUUUUUAACUUCCUGAAAUGUUUGGAAUUAAGUGUGGUUUAUGCAGGAUUCAUAAUUUAUAAGUCACGGAAAUUAAUGACUAUUAUAUUUUUUUAAUUAAUGGUAAAACGUUUAUAAAUGCAAUGUUUGUUAUUUAUAAUCUUCAUGCAAUUAAUUGUAAAUUUUUGUACUUUAAUAAUGCCGCUAUGUAUAUUAUGUAUAUAGUUUAGUUAAUAUACUACUAUAAUACCUAACCUCACCUAACCUAACUAUAAUUUAAUAAGUAAUUUCUAAAAAACAGAAUUCGCUUUUUAUUGAACGCUAUUGAACUGUUACUAUGUCCCGAAAUUAAUGCAACAAAAUUUUGUCACAGAUUCGUAAGGCAAAUUUAGUGGACCCAUAUUUUUUAUUUUUGCCAAGUGGCCCCCUCUUUCGGAGUUACAGCCCCUUCAAAUCCUCUCUUAAGUAUAGUCUUUUUUAUAUCUCUGAACUUCGUUGUACGAGAAUCACUAAAUUUGGUACACAGGGGUUUUACGACGUGGAAUAUGAUAGUGCUAUGCUUUUAGACGGGAAACCCCAUUAGAACACUUUUUCGUGGGCUCCCUUGUCUUUGGGGCCAAAAAAAUUUGGUCGC